AUGUCUUCAAUUUUCAUUUCCUUCGUACUGGUUACCUUUCUCUGCUGGCCGUGCCUCGCAGUAUACGUAGCCAAAGACCAUUUCAAAAGCUGGUAUUCCGAAUUUGGACCUACCUUCGAAGCCAUCGUCGAGGGCAACUGCUCAGCCGAGUACGAGAGAUACUUGACGAUACCGAGAGAAAAUGCCCUCAUCGACUGGUCCACCGGAGGCGACAACACGAACAGGCUCGCUCAGCCUGUCGUAAAUUGCAUCCUGGGCAACACGUCCGAGUUCAUCAUGAGCAACAUGGUAGCCGCCGUAGUUGUCCUCGGUAUCAUGCCAACAAUCCUUGCCACAGUCGGAAACAGCGUGGAAGAGACCUCUACGCUCUGCGUUAUUGGCCAGAGACCACUUAUCGCCUUGCUCGCUGCUGCUAGAUCGCCUGCUAUCCAUCCUAUUCGAUCAUUCGAAUACAUGAACCCGUUGAAGCUGGUCAAGUCCCGGCGCUACCGAUUGCGCACCAAAAGAUCGUCUGUGUCGCUCAGGAGGGUUGCUCUUGCGAUCGAAUUCCUUGCUGCGGUCGCGGCCGUUAUCAACACGUAUGCACUUUGA